AUGGAAGACGAGUUAGCCAACCUAAGUUUAUUGGAUAAGGAGGAGGAGGCGUUUCAGAAGGAUGCCGUGGUUAUCGAGCAAAGUUUUCAGUUCAGUCUAGUGGGGCGUUGUGUAACAGAUAGUGUGGUUAAUUUUCCUGCUCCACGUAACACGAUGGCAGCUUUAUGGCAUCCCAUUGGAGGGAUUUGUAUAGCGGAUCUCGGGAAUAAACGCUAUCUUUUCCAAUUCUUCAAUGAGGUUGAUGUCCAAAGAGUGAUGGCCAGUACACCGUGGUUCUUCAACAGUCAUCUGAUUCAAGUUCACGAAUUACCUACAGGGCUAAUGUCUGAACCAAUGGCUAGGCAAUUCGGUGAUUUUUUGGGGAAGUUUCUUGAUUAUGAUACUUCCAUUCCAUCUUCAGGCAAUAGAAAUUAUAUGCGUAUCCGUGUUCGCCUGGAUGUCACGGCGCCAUUAAAAUGCAAAAAGAAGAUUCAAGUAGGUGGAGCUUUAAUUGUUUAUGCUCGAUUUAAAUAUGAAAAGCUAAGCCUGUUUUGCUUUAUUUGUGGUAAGUUGGGGCAUGGGGAGAGCUACUGUCCAUUCCGUUUGAGAAUUGAUCCUUCAAAAAUUAUUUUCGGGUGGGAUUUAUCUAUUCGUACAGUGCCACGGCGGCUGAAUACCGUGGUGAGUAGGUGGUCGCGUGAAGCCGAUGGAUCACAAUGCCAAGUUGAAAAUAUGGAAAGUUCCAAUUACAGCAAUAGUAUUAAUUAG